AUGGACCAUUAUAGCACAGAUGAUUAUAGCAAAUGGAUCAGGCUCAAGAUGAAUGCAAUGCUAGAAACCUCCGAGCUGCCUGCUGUGUUUGAUGGGGUGAAGUUAGCUGCUGUGGCUGCAGUGCUCUAUGUGAUCGUCAGGUGUUUGAAUCUCAAGAGCCCGACAGCCCCACCUGACCUCUACUUCCAGGACUCUGGGCUGUCUCGAUUUCUGCUGAAGUCUUGUCCCCUUCUGACCAAAGACCUUACUCUGAUUAACAUGUGGGAGAUGAGUAUUCCCUUAAAGGGGAAAGAGGUGGUGGUGAAAGGAGCUGUUCAGAGUGAAAGGAAGCCUUUUGAUGUGCAGCGGGAGAAACCAACCAAUUGUGCAGCUUCAACAGAAAAAAUAUACAUCAGGAAAGACUUAAGAAGUCCUUUGAUAGCCACACCAACUUUUGUAGCAGACAAAGAUGGAACAAGGCAGACGGGCCUUCUUGAUCCAGGAAUGCUUGUCAAUAUCCAACAGCCUUUAAUACGUGAUGAUGGCACAGUCCUCCUUGCUGCUGACUCCAAGGCUGAGACAAGCCAGGGUGCUCUAGGCACAUUGGCAAACGUAGUGACAUCCCUUGCCAACCUCAAUGAAUCUCUGAAUAACGGUGACCCUUCAGAAAUCCAACAAGAGGACCAAUCAGCAAGUGAGAUCACUCGGGCAUUUGAUACUUUGGCAAAAGCUCUUAACACCACAGAUGGCUCUUCAACACCAAACUUAGCAGAUGGGAUGGAUCCUACAGGAGGAGGGAACAUUCAUGUCAUCAGUAGAGAUCAGUCAACACCCAUCAUCGAAGUAGAAGGACCCCUACUUACAGAUACACAUGUCACAUUUAAACUUACAAUGCCUAGCCCAAUGCCAGAGUAUCUCAAUGUACAUUACAUCUGUGAGUCAGCAUCAAGGUUGCUGUUCCUCUCAAUGCACUGGGCCAGAUCCAUUCCUGCCUUUCAGGCCCUCGGUCAAGACUGUAAUACAAGCCUGGUCCGUGCCUGCUGGAAUGAGCUCUUCACCUUGGGGCUGGCCCAGUGUUCCCAAGUGAUGAGCCUCUCCACUAUUCUAGCAGCUAUCGUGAAUCACUUACAGAACAGCAUACAGGAAGAUAAACUUUCUGGUGACAGAAUAAAGCAAGUCAUGGAACACAUCUGGAAACUUCAGGAGUUUUGUAACAGUAUGGCUAAACUUGACAUUGAUGGGUAUGAAUAUGCAUACCUUAAGGCUAUCGUCCUUUUUAGCCCUGAUCAUCCUGGUUUGACCAGUACAAGCCAAAUAGAAAAAUUCCAAGAGAAGGCACAGAUGGAGUUACAGGAUUACGUACAGAAAACCUAUUCAGAAGACACAUACAGGCUGGCUCGGAUUCUUGUUCGUCUCCCAGCACUUAGAUUGAUGAGCUCCAGUAUUACUGAAGAACUCUUUUUUACUGGUCUCAUCGGCAAUGUUUCAAUAGACAGCAUAAUCCCCUACAUUCUGAAAAUGGAAACCGCAGAGUACAAUGGCCAGAUAACAGGAACGAACUUAUAGUGGGAACAACACAACUUCAUGGAUCAAAAUAAUUUUCAUAGAACCAGUAACCACACCAUUAAGAUAUAAAGAAAAUAAAAAUAGUGAUAUUUUGGUAUGUACAGAUAUUUCCCGUAUGUUAACCAUUUCCUACCUGAUUUCUUCUUGUCUAGGAGGCCCCAACAGUAGCUACUGAAAGCCUAGGCUCCUUUUCUGCCACAAGGAAUAUUUUAAUGACUUUUGAUUUCAAAAAAAACAAAUAAGGUGUCAGAUUUCUGAGUGACCUUUUAACUCACUUUUUU